AUGGGAUCCCCAGAGUGCUACCUGGGAGGUUACCGCAUGUUGAGGAACCCGUAUCGCAGCGUGGACUUUGACUCCAGUGAUCUGCAGAACACUGCCAUACAGGACCUGAUCUGUGAUCACUCCCUCUCUCCAGGAUGGUAGCGCUUCAGCAUUAAGAACAAGCCUGCAGAGAUGCCCACCAGCUGUGUGGAAAUGAACAGAUGUGGCACCCAGGCGCCUGUGUGGCGGUCUCUGACUGAUAGCUCGUUGCCCCACCCAGGGGAGGUCCACCAGCUCUCGGCCUGUGCCAUCUGGCAGUUAUUCCACUGGAGCACCAAGGACUGCUCCUUCUUCCGCAUCCCCAUCUCAGUGCGCAACUGUGGAGAGUUUCUCCUGUACUACCUGCAGCCCACCCAGGGGUGUAUGGGAUAUUGUGCCAAAGCCAUAUCAGAAUUUGGACCUAAAUUAUGCCCCACGGGUGAGGUGGAAGUCAAUGGGCGAUGCAAAGCAAGUCUCCCUGCAUUAUCCUACAAGCCUGUGAUCACCCCAGAGCUGGUGGGCAGCAGUGUCCACCUGCGAUGCACCUUCAGUGGGGUGAAGACCUCGGGACUCCAUUUGGGCUACCUGGUGGUCUGGGCCGACACCUGGCAUCACAGCCUGGAUCCAAGCGUGGAGGCCCCCAACAUGGCCCUGUCUACCUGCCAGGUGGAGCUGCAGCCUAUUGCAGCCUGCAGCCGCAGUCAGGGGUGUGCCUGGGCCAGUAUCACCCUCACCGCCGUCACAGACUUCACCCGCGACGGCAACCGCCCCAGCCUCCUCAGCGCCACGCCACACUCUGACGUACCACACUAUGAGAACCAGCAGACGGGUACCUUCAUCCUCUACAAGAGCCUUCACCGAGCGUUCAAGGUCCAGGCUCGUCAGUGGGACUGUGGCAGCCGCCAUUAUGCUCAUACUAAAAAUAAGUUGCCGCUUUUAGGGUUAAAGAAAUGCAUAUAUAUACAGCUUGUAAAAACAGUAGAAAACUAUAAGGAUAACACAAUACAGUCAAUUACCUAUUUUUAUUUUGUGGUCCUUAAGGUGGUCAUGCUGGACAUGUGUAACGGUCAGCUUCAGGAGACCAGGCCCCAGCUCUCUCUGAAGAACCUGGGAGGAUAUAACAGUGGGUCCAGAGGGACCAGCGGCUCCAGUCAGUAUCGGAUCAAGAUCCAUGAAUCUCAUCAGGGGAAGAAAAUCACAUUGAUCUUACCAUCUGGGGCCUUUGUGAGGGCGGACGUCAGUGAUUGGGGGAUGAGCCUGUCAAUCAGAGCUCCCAGUGUGGACUACAGCAGUACUACAGGACUCUGUGGGACGUUUGACCGGAACGGUCACAACGACUUCCAUGGACCUGAUGGGACCACCAAUGGGAGCACUGAACAAGAAUGCUUUGUGCAGGAAUGGAGGCUAGCCGCGGGGGAGAGCAUAUUUGACACCAUGCCCCCUGUUAAUGGAGGUGGAGGAACUACGGCCUUUCUGUCGUGUCAGGAGGGCUACAGCAUGUCUCUGCAUUUCGCCACGGGCCACACCAGAGAUAGCCACUAUAACUUUAACCCCUUGUCGCCCCAGCACCAGGCCCAGUGCCAGUCUCACGACAACGUGGAUGACACCUCCGUCUUCCCCUGGGUGGACACUACCUCUGAGUACAUUAGGAGCGCUGAGCCAGAACAAAGUGGCCACCAGGGAGUGUCCAUCCUGAACGUCCCAGCUCUACCUAUGGAGAUACACAAACAGCCUAGUUCCCAGAUGGUGGACUAUGGUGGUUUUGGGGACCACGGGGAUAAGAGUGAGAGAGAGAUUGACAGGGAGCAGAGAAGAGACUUCCUGGUUGCCGUAGACGACAACAUGCCCAAGCCAAAGAGACAGGCACUGUACGAGUUCCAGCCCAUCUUCACCUCUCAGUCCCUGAGCCAAGCGGACCUGGAGAGCUUAGCCUAUUUCUUCCCUGAGGACCACCACCUGUCUGCAGAGCGACCAGCGGCCAAGCCUGUGUGGCCCACCCCGAGCGGGCUUACCUCGGUCAAGGCCCUGGAGGUGUGCCAGCUAGCCCUGGGGAACUCCACGGUGGGAGCAGUGUGUAGAGGGCUGCUGGGCUGGAGGCUGGAAAAGGCAGUGGACCUGUGCAUGCUGGACCUGCAGCUCAAGGAUGACCUGGCCUGGGAGGAUGCUCUGGUGCCCUACCUGGAGAACGAGUGUGAGAGGAGGCUAUUGGAGGACACGACCCAGAGGGCCCUGGAGCUGGGGGAGUCCAUGGCCAGGGCCGAGAUGGAGGGGUUUGAGGGGAUCGCUGGGACGGUACUCACCGCACUGCGCUGCCCCAACUUCUGCAACGGGAACGGCCAGUGCACUGAGUGGGGUUAUCAAUGCUAUCCUGGCCACAGCUUCUAUGACUGCAGUCUGACUAUCAGUCAGCAUGUGGAGUUGACAGACCUGGAGAACAGUGGUCUGUGUGACAUCAGAGCGUUCGACUGUCGCAGCGUCCGGGUCUUCGGCCUCUGCUUCAUCGACUCUCCCAACCUGGGCUGCCACCUCACACGACUGAUGAACCUGAAUGGUGAGCGGGUUCCAGGAGAGAAGCAGAGGACCAGAGCUACCUUCCUGAGCUCCAAGGCUUUAGACUGUUCCGUCCCUUCGCUGAACAGCAUGACUGUCAAUGCUGUAGACUUUAUGGUGGAUGACCAACCCUACGCUCGCUGGGAAGUCAAGGUGACCAAUGACGGCUCUCAGUACAGUGAGCCUAAGGUGCUAACAAUCUUCGAUGGCGUGUGCCAGCUGUGUGAACCAACCCACUCCGGACUCUUCAACCAGCCCCCCAACCUGCACCAGCCUCAGGGGGGCCUCAGCACCUUCGCGGGGGAGAACUUUGUGUUCCAGUUCACAGCGGCGGACCCCGAAGUCUCGGCGCUCCUCUUCCUCCUGGAGCAUGGCCCUCCCGACUCCACGCUCCUCCUCAUCUGGAAAGUCCAUCCGGUGGAGAUGAAGGGGAAGACUCGGCAGAGCUUCGAGUUCACGCUGUCGGACGAGUGUGGCUGUGAAGCCUUGCGGGUGUUUGAACGGCGGGACGUGUGUGACCAACAUGGCUUUCCCGGCGGGCAGCAGCGAGUACCUGUGUGUGUGUGUCCCCUGGGGAUAGGAGGGGGCCUGUGUCAGGAGGACAUUGACGCGUGUCCGUCGGGUCCGUGUGGUGCCGGGGUGUUUGCUGGUACCGUCCAUGGCUUCCUCUGUGAAUGCCCUGCGGGCCUGAGAGGCGCUAACUGUCAGGAAGAUGUGAAUGAGUGUGAGAGGACGCCCUGCAUGCCCGGAGUCCAGUGCUUCAACAGCUUCGGCUCCUACAGGUGUGGAGGCUGCCCCCACGCAGCACCUGUACGAUCGAUCCCAAAUGUCCCCAGCAUUGGACCCACCACUGUCCCUACCACCGCCACUACCACCUCUAAGACCUCACCCAACAACAGACCAGACCAACACAAUCAACCCAGGAUGGACUCUGGCAGACCUGGAAUCCCACCGACCAAUAAGCCUGGACUCCCACAAACCAACAUGCCUGGACUUCCAGAGACCAACAGGGCAGCUGCCAAGGCCCCAGUUGUACAUACACCAUCUAAGAAUGGACAAAAAACUGGCCCAGAGCUAUCAUCCCAUGCAGGGAACAACAACAACGUGACAGGUACGUGUGCCAGCCGACCGUGCUUCCUGGGGGUCCAGUGCAUCGACCGACGUCCACCCUACACGGGCUAUGUCUGCGGGCGCUGCCCACCGCCCCUCAAUGGCAACGGACGCACCUGCACCAAAACCGCUCGAGGUUCCCACAGCCUUACCACAGGCAGUCAUCAUUCCAUCAGUGCCCUCACUAGGACUCGUGCCAAAACAGGUACCAAUGCCAGCACUACCACACUCAAGGUGACAACCAGAGAGUUUGUAGCUGUCGUGCGGAGUGCCACCUCUUCCAAGGUUACUCCUCCAUACUCCACCUACCCCACGGUUACACCACCACAAUCCAAGGUGACUCCACCCCAUUCCUCAGCCAACACAGAGUCCAGGCAGACAAGCCAGGGGAAGCUCAUAGAUGUGCGGGGCCUGGCUCGAACCCCUCUGACCUACCUGACCACCCACAGGAACCCCUGCUCUCCCUCACCCUCACCACCUCUGCCCAAAAGUACCACCACACCCACCCCCUUUACUCCCCCCCUCCACAUGGCCACGUCUCCCCACUUCCACCGUGGGACCAGGAUCAGUGAUACUGUGGCAGUGGAGCGGGAGCGGCCUCUGACCUGCGCUGACAUGCCCUGUUUCCCAGGGGUCCCCUGUGAACCCACCAGGGACGGGGGCUUCCACUGUGGAAGGUGUCCCCUGGGAUACACCGGAGACAGACAAACAUGCAGAGCUGUGUGCAGGCAUGCGUAUGGCAGGAACAUUGAGUGUGCUGCUCCCAACACAUGCCGCUGUAAACCAGGCUUCGCCGGGACCAACUGUCAAACAGCGAUCUGUAAACCUGAGUGUAGGAACGGAGGCCAGUGCGUCGCCCCGGGGGCGUGUGAGUGCCUGAAAUGCUACCACGGGGUGACGUGUGAGACAGCUCUGUGCAGUCUGCCCUGUGAGCACGGAGGAACGUGCGUGGGACCCGGCACCUGCUCCUGUCCCUACGGAUUUGUGGGCCCCAGAUGUGAGACCAUGGUGUGUAACCGCCACUGUCACAACGGAGGAGAGUGUGUGUCUCCUGACGAGUGUUCCUGUCUGCCUGGCUGGACCGGACCCUCCUGUGAGACAGCUGUGUGCUCCCCUAUGUGUCUGAACGGAGGGACGUGUCUUCGUCUGAACACCUGUGGCUGUCCCCAGGGCUUCUACGGCGCCCAGUGUCAAAACGCUGUCUGCAGCCCUCCCUGUAAGAACGGGGGCGUAUGCAUGAGGAACAGCGUCUGCUCCUGCGCCGAGGGAUACACCGGGUGGCGCGGUGAAAAAAAGUGUAUGUGAGCCCAUGUGUAUGAACGGCGGGCGGUGCGUGGGUCCAGAUGUGUGUGCCUGUCCAUCUGGAUGAAGAGGGAAGCGGUGCGAUAAACCCACUUGUCUACAGAAGUGUCUGAAUGGAGGAGAGUGUGUUGGCCAUAACACUUGCCACUGUCCUCCAGGCUGGCAGGGCAUGCUAUGCCAAGUCUCAAACUGUGAACAGACGUGUCUUUACGGGAGCCGUUGUAUCCGCCCUAAUGUCUGUGCCUGCAGGAAAGGAUAUUCAGGGGUCCUGUGUUCCCAUAAGCUCCCAAUUCCACGUGGCUGAUGCAGGACUGUGAACUAUGUACUGAAGAUGCUGGGCUGAAACAAGACAAUGAUACUCCUAAUGGAACCACCACACUGAAUAUUUGGAUUCUCAAUGCCCAUGGCUUUUGUUUCUUCAAAAUAAUAGUCACAAUUCCAAAGAUUAUGAUCUGUACAUGACCAAUAUAUGUAUAAUAUUUGUAUUUUUUUUUUCUUAGAACCAAUAAUACUGUAUUUUAUCUAUUAAAGUCUGGCUUUUUUACAAGAUUAAAACAAAGCACAAAACAGUCCUGUAUACUGUGGAACAAACUCACCAAGUUGGCAGUUUACGAUCAAACUAAAAACUCACUUGGAAUCGUUAUUUAUUUGGUUGUCUGAUGUUUUAUAAUUUUAAGCUGUUGUACAUAUCAUCAAAUAGGUUUUGUAUUACUCACAAAUCAAACCCAGGCAAUGUAUGCUAUUAAAGUCCAUUUGUUAUGUACAAUACAUAGUCUUGAUUCUCAUUCUGCAUACAAUUCCUUUCUUAAAAUGUGAGAAGAAA